AAUCUGAGCUAAGCAUCGUGACAGCUGUGAGAGAAGAGGCGAGGGGUCGGAAAUAACCUCUGCCUUUCUCUCCCUCAGCGCGUCGUAAUUUGUGUGCGCGCGCGUGUGUGUGUGGAAGUGCUUCAUUGCGAAUGAGAAAGAUGCUACGACGGCCAUUAUGGGGCUGCACUUUCAUCGCGCCGUUUAGUGAAAAUGCAUAAACGUUGUCGUUUUUGGCUUUUUGUUUACGCGACCUCGACAUUUUAUUAGCCUGCAAAUGCCCACCGUCGAAAAGGGGUCUCAGAGGGAAGGUUUUUCAAAAUGAAAACUGCCAUCGCUUUCGAGGGGAAACUCGGCAAUCUGUGGAAGUGAAGGGCACGGCCCGGCAUGUGUUCGUGCACGACAAUCAUUGAAAAAAUGACUUCGCUUCAUCACUUGGAUCAUCAAGUGGAUUGGAAAGACCAACAACGGGUCAUUUGUGCUUUCUUUAAAGACAUUGCCGACUCCCGCCACGUUGAGUGUAAUGAAGAGACGCAACUGAUCGGAAACUUGUUCAAAGGCUAUAACAAGAACAUUCGUCCCGUGGUUCAUCCGAAGGACAAAGUGGAGGUCCAGAUCAAGUUGACCCUCACCAACCUGAUCUCUCUGGUGAGAGCGCGCUACUAUCAGUUGCAACAAAACCCCACCGCGCAUUCAAAAGAGGAUAAUGAAAAGGAAGAGACUCUUACAACCAACGUCUGGAUUGAAAUCAAAUGGGUUGAUUAUCGUCUUGCGUGGAAUAAAUCCAAAUACUAUGGCAUCGAUAUCAUCCGCGUCCCCUGCAAAACUGUGUGGCUCCCUGAUAUUGUCCUUGAAAACAACAUUGAUGGCAAGUUUGACGUGGCUUACUACGCCAAUGUGCUGAUUUCAAACGACGGUUCGAUAUAUUGGCUUCCUCCUGCGAUCUAUCGUAGCACGUGUGCCAUAGAGAUCAACUACUUCCCUUUCGAUUAUCAAAACUGCACACUAGCCUUCAGAUCGCAGACUUACAGCGCCAAUGAGGUGGACCUCAUCUUAGCUGCUGGAGAAACUGGCGAAAGAAUCGAAUGGGUGGAUAUUGACCCUGAGGCUUUCACUGAGAACGGAGAAUGGGCCAUUGUCCAUCGUCCGGCCCGGAAGAUGAUCAACCUGAGGUACUCCCCCGAUGACCUGGAGUACCAGGAGAUCAGUUUCAACCUGGUCAUCCAAAGGAAACCCCUCUUCUACGUGAUCAACAUCAUCCUGCCCUGCUCCCUCAUCUCUUCUCUUGUCGUGUUAGCAUACUUCCUACCGGCACAAGCUGGAGGGCAAAAGCUGACGGUGUCCAUCUCGGUCUUGCUGGCCCAGACCGUUUUCCUCUUUCUUAUUGCGCAGAAGGUCCCGGAGACGUCGCUCUCUGUCCCCCUCAUCGGCAAGUACAUCAUCUUUGUUAUGUGUGUCACCACGCUCAUUGCUACCAAUCAAAUUGUGGUGUUGAACUUCUCCCUGCGCAGCCCCAGCACUCACACCAUGUCCCAUCAAAUCAAGCAUCUGUUUUUAGAGUCGGUGCCCCGUUUCCUUGGCAUGUCGCCGCUGCUGGACGACAACGAGGUGACGUCAGAGGCGAACGGCAUAAGAGAUCGGAGGCGAGACUCCUUCGGCCUCAUGCAGAGAGCAGAGGAGUAUGUGCUCAAACAGCCUCGCAGUGAGAUGAUGUUUGACAAGCAAAGAGAGAAGCAUGGCCUGAGGAACCCGAAUGCGGACGGCGUUGAUGCCAACACUACAGUCAAUCUGUACAAGAGUUUAGCCCAAGCUGCCCCCGAGAUUAAGCAAUGCGUGGACGCCUGCAAUUUCAUUGCAGAAACCACAAGACAGCAAAACAACAUUGGAUCGGAAAUUGAAAACUGGGUGCUGAUCGGGAAGAUGAUUGACAAGGUGUGCUUCUGGGCCGCCAUCCUCCUCUUCAUCAUCGGGACAGUGGGCAUCUUCCUAACAGGACAUUUCAACAGGGCGCCCGAAUGGCCGUUUCCUGGGGAGAACAACAAAUAUGUCCCCAAAUGAACAACGGAGACUUCCCCAGCGUUGACUGUCCUUCACGCCGUGUGUGAGGACGACUGCGGUGACCUUUAGUGUGCGGCGCAGCAUCGGAGAUGCAAGAUCCCAACAUCUCAGCGCAGCAGAGCCAAUCGGUCUUCAGGAAGACUUGCAACCUUGAUCUUCAUCUCGCUCUAAGUUAUUGAAACGCGCAAUUAAUAGAUGGGUCCGUCUCGUUCAAAUAUUGUCGACCAUCGUCGUCAUCAUCAUCCAGGUCAUGCAAGUUUUCGUCGUGUAUUUGCAGUAUGAGUGAAAGAAAUUCAUACUUCAUGCGGGACAGUAUUUAUUGAGGCAAGGAAUGUACAACAUUUGUGGACUAUCAUAAAGUUGCCCGGUUGGCGUGGGCCUUCAGUGAGUCCACACGUUGUAAGCAGAUCUGAUAAAGACCGAUUGAGUUUUUCUUUGCAGUACUACGUCUUAUUUGAAGAACACGGAUGUGCAACUCGAGCCAGCCGACGUAUCGAAGCCUUAUAUUGUUCUUACGAUGACUUAUUUAUCACGAUGCCUUGUUGGGGGCUGACGCCUACGUGUCGUUGUGCCAUCUUUUCUUAAUAAAUAAUUGAAUGACUUGCU